UGGAGCAGCAACAGCAGGAGGGACAAGGCGGGACAGCGGAGGGUUCGGCAGCCUAGCACGGAUCCUCCCGUCCACCUAGCCUCACGCCUUGGACACUGUCUCUUGCCUAGCAAAAGCUCCAGCCCUGAUCGGCUUGUUCCCCUUUAAAGCGUCACACGAGGACCCUGGCGGGGCUGGGCUGGGCUUUGCCCUGACAACUGGAAUGCUAUAACCAUUCCAAACUUUUCCUUCUGUGGCUGGCUGACGGGAAGGGGCAAAACAUCGACCUGGCAGAAGUCGCUAUUGCAUUGGUCAGGUUUGAAUAACCUGCUGCUUCCAGCAGAGGUUGAUGCCUAAAAAAACAGAUUGGACUGGAAUCUUGGGUGGUUUCUUCUGUUGACAGCAAAAACGACAUUCAUUCUUUUGUCGACAGCUGAAACCAAGUGGCUCAUAUCAUUGAAAAGUUCUGCAGCACAGAAGCUGUUAUAAAGCAGUCUUUGGUCAUGAAGCUCACCUGCUGAGUUGGAAUCACAUAAGAAGUGGAGCUGCAGAAGGAUCAUAAAUGUGAAUCCUGCAUGCAGUGACAGAGAGACCUUCCCACAUUUCAAGAUGUUAAUACAAUAGCAAACGAACUCCUAGUUGAAGAAGUCAAAGAGCACCAGAAAAAUCCUCAAGAGCAAUGGCUGCAGCAGCUGAUGGCUUGGGAAGCAUAGCUAUAGAUACCACACAACUUAACAUGUCAGUCACUGAUCCAGCAGCUUGGGCAACAGCUAUGAAUAACCUGGGUAUGGUUCCAGUAGGAUUAGCUGGACAACAGCUUGUGACCGAUUCAAUCUGUGUACGAGGCUUUGAUCCAAACCUCAGUAUGAUGACGGGAAUAACUCCAAUUAACCCCAUGUUGCCAGGCAUGGGAUUAGUACCCCAGCCACCACCAGCAGAGGUGCCUGUUAUCAAAGAAAUAAUUCACUGUAAAAGCUGUACGCUCUUUCCUCCAAACCCAAAUCUUCCACCACCCUCAACAAGAGAGAGACCGCCUGGGUGUAAGACUGUGUUUGUUGGAGGAUUACCAGAAAAUGCUACUGAGGAGAUUAUUCAGGAAGUCUUUGAGCAGUGUGGUGACAUCACGGCAAUUCGGAAAAGCAAGAAGAAUUUUUGCCACAUUCGUUUUGCAGAAGAGUUUAUGGUUGAUAAAGCCAUUUACCUUUCUGGUUAUCGCAUGAGAUUAGGAUCUAGCACAGAUAAAAAGGAUUCAGGUCGCCUUCAUGUUGAUUUUGCACAGGCAAGAGAUGACUUUUAUGAAUGGGAAUGCAAGCAAAGGAUGCUGGCUAGAGAGGAACGUCACAGGCGCAAAAUGGAGGAAGAUCGAAUGCGGCCUUUGUCUCCUCCUGCGAUAAUGCAUUAUUCUGAACAUGAAGCAACUUUGCUGGCUGAAAAAUUGAAAGAUGACAGCAAAUUUUCAGAGGCCAUUACAGUGCUGCUUACCUGGAUAGAGCGAGGUGAGGUGAACCGUCGCACAGCCAACCAGUUUUAUUCAAUGGUGCAAUCAGCAAAUAGCCACGUCCGCCAACUCAUGAAUGAAAAAGCGACUCAUGAACAAGAAAUGGAACAAGCCAAGGAAAAUUUUAAAAAUGCCUUAAUGGGGAUCCUCACUCAAUUUGAGCAGAUUGUGGCCGUUUUCAACGCCUCCACCAGACAAAAAGCUUGGGACCAUUUCUCGAAAGCUCAGCGCAAGAACAUAGACAUUUGGCGAAAGCACUCUGAGGAACUCAGGAAUGCUCACAGUGAACAGCUCAUGGGGAUCCGGCGAGAGGAAGAAAUGGAAAUGUCUGAUGACGACAGUACUGACAAUCCCAGUAGUAAAAAACUGAGAGUUGAUGAAUCAGCUUUGGCUGCUCAAGCUUAUGCACUUAAGGAAGAGAAUGACAGUCUCCGAUGGCAACUGGAUGCCUACCGGAAUGAGGUGGAACUCCUAAAACAAGAGAAAGGACAGCUCUUUCGAACUGAAGAAAGCAUCACAAAGGACCAACAGCUGCAGUUCCUGAAGCAAACGUUACAAGGCAUGCAGCAGCAACUGUUGAAAAUCCAAGAAGAAUUAAACAACAAGAAGUCGGAACUGGAACAAGCAAAAGAAGAGCACACCCAUACACAGGCCAUGUUGAAAAUUCUUCAGGAACAGUUAAAAAAACAUACCAAGGAGUUAGCAGAGACUAAUGGCCAUGACGAAUCUCAGGCAAAUGAAAUCAAUGUGUUGACAGUACCGUUGGUCAACCAAGACAGAGAAAAAAUUUCCGAGAAGCGAAGCCAGCCACUAAAAUCUGAGAAAGAGGCACUGUUGAUAGGUAUCAUAUCAACAUUUCUUCAUGUUCAUCCUUUUGGAGCCAAUAUAGAAUACCUUUGGUCUUAUAUGCAGCAGUUGGACUCCAGGAUCUCUGCAAAUGAAAUAGAAAUGCUUUUGAUGAGGCUUCCACGCAUGUUUAAGCAAGAGUUCUCUGGAGUAGGUGCAACACUGGAGAAGAGGUGGAAGUUCUGUGCCUUUGAAAGAAUUAAAACAACUUGACUAUAGACUGGAAUGGAGCUGUGUGGAAAAAAAUCUCUGUGGGGCACGGGAGGGGCUAGCUGAUAUAUUCAAGGGAGACAAUUAGGUUUGGCAUAUACAAUUCCAGAAUGCUCUGAGCCUGGUUUUAGUUGCAUUUGUGAUGUCUUCUUGUGAAAAUGUAGUUGUGUGCCGGUUCCAAAAAUAACCUCCUAAUGUGACAGGUCUGUUUCCUAUGAAAAUUCAAGAAGGAUAUUACCAUCAUACUGAUGUCUAUUAUUAAAAAUAUGUUCCUUCUAAAAUUAGCUCACUGAGCAAAUAGGAAGAAUUCCCGAUUGCUAAGCUCCAGUAAUGUAUAUGUAAUAUAUAUAUAGUAGAUCUUCCUCAAGUUCCAUUCCUGAGAGUCUUUCUGUUUGGUAAGAAAACAAAAGUGAUUUUACAGUGAGAGAAAGCAUACCAAAAGCAAACUUGAAGAUGUGUCUGAACGGUUAUUGUAUUUUGUAAAUUAAGUUAUCUGCUGUACCAGGGACUUUUGCCUUAUUGCUAGAGGCCUGAAAAUGUGAUUGGAUUCCUUGAGAAUGCUUUACCCAGAAUAUUAUUUUUCUAAUGUAACUAUUCUCCAUUCUGAUUUCGUUUAACAUGGAUUGAAUAUCAAUUUUCAUAACUAUGUAAAUAAAGAGGAAGCCAGUGUUACUGUAUUGUAUUUGGUAUGUAACAUUCAGGGUUAUGCAUCAGAAAAUAAGUAUUCCUUUGCAUUACUGUUACAGAUUUUAUAGCAAAUAUAUUAAUUUUUUUUCAAUAAAUAGGACUUCUACCAUA